AUGGCCUUCUCCACCCCCAACGCCCUCUCCGCUUCCGCUUCCGGCCCCGCCUCCCCGUUCNNCCUCCGCCUCCAGCCGCAGCCCUUCCUCCGCCUCCCCGCCCUCCCCUUCCACCGCUCCCUCCCGCUCCACCUCCCCUCCCUCCGCCUCACCCGGCCCCUCCUCCCUCCCCUCCCGCUCGCCUCCUCGGGCGGCGGCAGCAACAUCGGGUCCGGCUCCGGCUCCGGCGGCGGUGGCGAUGACGACGACCUCCCCUCCGGCGGCGGAGGAGACGAGGACGAGGGCGGCGACGACGCGUCCGUCAACAGGAGGGAGGCGCUGUUCGUGCUGGCGCAGCUGGGCCGGAAGCUCGAGAGCCUUCCCGCGGACAUGGCCGCGGCCGUGGAAGGCGGGCGCCUCCCCGGCGAGAUCGUGCGCCGGUUCGCCGAUCUCGAGAAGUCGCCCAUGUUCCGCUGGCUGCUCCAGUUCGGCGGCUUCAGGGAGCGCCUCCUCGCCGACGACCUCUUCCUCGCCAAGGUCGCCAUGGAGUGCGGCGUCGGCAUCUUCACCAAGACUGCGGCAGAAUAUGAGCGAAGGAGGGAGAACUUUGUCAAGGAGCUUGACUUUGUGAUUGCCGAUGUGGUCAUGGCAAUAGUUGCAGACUUCAUGCUUGUUUGGCUUCCUGCUCCAACUGUGUCUCUGCAACCAGCACUAUCAAUGAAUGCUGGGGCUAUUGCUAAAUUCUUCCACAACUGCCCGGAUAAUGCAUUCCAGGUUGCUUUGGCUGGAAGAUCAUACACAUUUUUGCAGAGAUUUGGAGCUAUUAUGAGGAACGGCGCAAAACUUUUUGCAGUAGGAACGAGUGCAUCUUUGAUUGGCACGGGUGUGACCAACGCAAUUAUAAAGGCAAGAAAGACUGUUAACAAGGAUGAUGCUGGCGAAGUUGAGGAUAUCCCAAUUGUUUCAACAAGUAUUGCCUAUGGUGUAUACAUGGCAGUUUCUAGUAACCUCAGGUACCAGGUUCUGGCUGGAGUGAUCGAACAGCGGAUGCUCGAGCCGUUGCUACACCGCCACAAACUAGCAUUGAGUGCACUGUGCUUUGCGGUUCGGACGGGGAACACAUUCUUGGGUUCUCUACUGUGGGUUGACUAUGCCAAGUUUAUAGGCAUACAAUAA